UAUGUUCGGCCCCUCGCGUGAACAACCAAUCAUAUUUUACAUGAGUACUUCGCCUCAACCAAUCAGCUAACACAUGGUUCUUCUCUCAAACAUGUCGCCCAUGAAGCUGUGUGUUCCAGGUGACAAAUUAUGCAGCACGGAGGACUGUAUGCCCGGCACUGGUGUGUAUCUUCGGCACGGCUACAUAUAUUCCUCAUUAGCAGGCUACGUCAUCAAAAAAAAUGAAGGAGAAGAGGUGAGGGACAUGAUGGAUGUGUUUCGGAGUACCUGUCUAAAAUUACCUGUGAUUUCAGUAGUGAGGGAAACAGAAACUCAGCUGCUGCCAGAUGUGGGAGCAAUUGUCACUUGUAAGGUGACCAGCAUAAAUCCCAGGUAUGCCAAGGUUCACAUUCUGUAUGUAGGCUCCACGCCGCUGAAGGACCGCUUCAGAGGGACAAUCAGAAAAGAAGAUGUACGUGCAACAGAAAAGGACAAGGUGGAGACAUACAAAAGUUUCAGACCUGGUGACAUUGUCCUUGCAAAAGUGAUUUCUCUUGGUGAUGUCCAAUCUAACUAUUUGUUGACAACUGCAGAAAAUGAACUGGGAGUUGUCGUUGCACACAGUGAAGCAGGUGCUCAGAUGAUUCCCAUCAGCUGGUGUGAAAUGCAGUGUCCAAGGACCCACGUCAAAGAGUUCCGCAAAGUGGCAAGAGUGCAGCCUGAGUAUCUGCACGCGUGACAAAGGUUUUCUUGCGCACCUGUAACACACAGCAUUCCCACCAUCCUACACACAGUGUUGUCCAGUCGUCCCAGCUCUUUCAGACAUUUCCUGAGUGGACAACACGUGAGUUGUCAUUUAGUGUUCUGUCAAAAGUCUUUUUUUUUUCCUGCAAAUUGUGUCAAACAAGAGCAGCAAAAGACUAAAUCUCUCAACUCAAGACAUUUUCUAAAAUAUCAUACAGCUGUGGAGAAAUACUGCAGCGUCACAUUAUACUACUGUUGAGUAUUACAAAUACUGGGGUAAAAAGGAAAGGAAACAGCCAGAUAUAUCCCUACUCAGGACAGUGGCUGCAUCAUCCAUCCUCCAUGGAAGGUGUAGCUCAUUUUAUUAACUGACAGUAACUUCUAUGUCUGAGACAACUUUCUACUUCAGAGUAAAAAAGAUGUACGAGGUAUACAUGACCACGAAGGGAUUGUAAAAGUUGGGAAAUGUGUUUGAUAGAGCCUCUUGUGCAAAUGCACUCAAAAUGCAGCUACUGUGCACAAAGUCAAAUUUCUUUUGCUUGCAGCAAGAGGAAUAAAAUGGCCCAUGACCAUUAAAGGAAAAUGUUACCAUUG